UGUCAACAAAUCAUUUUAACAACCGCUCCCCUAUAUAAUAAAAUGUAUUCUCAAAGUUCUCAAAAGAAAUAUUGGUUGUUCAGCAAUGAACAACAACUAUUAAAUUUACGAGCUAGACAGAAUCAAAUUUACAUUGAGAAAAAACAUGAAUUUUGGCAAACAAGUGAUCCUCAAGUUCCUUUUCGGACUGAAUUAUUUCUCACUCCCGAAGAAGAAAGUCAGCUUUUGCAACACUAUUGCAUCAACAUGAAGGAAUUUUGCAAGCGAUUUGAACCUGUGAUGCCCAAGUCAGUUAUUGGAGCUGCAUUUCAUUAUUUCAAGCGCUUCUAUCUCUACAACUCUCCAAUGGAUAAACAUCCCAAGGAAAUUUUGGCUACUUGUGUUUAUAUGGCAUGUAAAGUGGAAGAAUUCAACGUAUCCAUAAGUCAAUUUAUUGGAAAUAUAAAAGGAGACAGGUCCAAAGCAAUGGAUAUUAUUCUGUCUAAUGAACUGCUAUUAAUGCAACAACUAAAUUAUUACCUCACAAUUCACGGUCCCUUUCGACCAAUUGAAGGUUUCCUCAUUGACAUUAAGACACGCUGCUCAAUGGUUAAUCCGGAUCGCCUCAGGAUAGGUAUUGAUGAAUUUAUUGAGAAAACCUACAUGACAGACAUCUGCCUACUCUACUCACCAUCACAAAUUGCUCUUGCUGCAGUUCUUCAUGCUGCCAGUAAAGAGCAAGAGAAUCUUGAUCACUAUGUAACUGAGUCACUUUUUCGAGAUUCAAAAGACAAAUUGCCAGUACUCAUUGAGGCAGUUCGGAAGAUUCGAUCUAUGGUAAAAACACUAGAUAUCCCAUCAAAAGACAUCAUUCGCAAAAUUGAGAAAAAAUUAGAAUUAUGCAAGAAUCAUGAAGUCAAGGUCACCACAUACAAUAUCAAUGAUUCUUAACUAUAAUUUGUUAAAUGUUGUACAAUUUUAUAUUAAUAAUUGACCAGGUAUUAUUCUAUUAAAUCUUGCAAUUUUUAAUAGGCAUCUAAAAGCAGAUGGUCACCUCUUAAUAUUCUAAAAUAAAAGUAGGGAAAUCAUCCAAGAGGAUAAAUAAAUAAAUAAAGCGAACGCA